GACCCGGACUGGCACUCCCGGCCUCUGUCUUUCUGGGUCCCCCUCUCUCCUCUCAGACAAGACCCUCUGGUUCCAGCCUUUGCUGAGAAGGGGUAUCCAGCCCUGUUCAGAAAGCUCCAGUGAGCCUGUGGCUCCGUGCCUGUCUCUGCCCGCUAUGCUGCCAGAUCCAUGAGGGCAGGAUGCAGCAUGAGUGCUGGACACACCGGGGCCUUGGUGGUUGUCAAUGCUAGAGGGCUCCUCCCUGCUGCUAGCCACUGCUUUGCUGGGCCUGGUGCUGCUCUUCCUGUGGCGCCGCAACCAAGGCUGGUACAUGAUCCUGUGGAACGAAUUUUUCCUGGAGCCAGUCCGCAACCUGGUCAUGGGCGACAGCAAGGAGCAGCGUAUUCUGCGCUAUGUGCAGCAGCAUGCACAGCCCGGAGACCCGCAGAGCGUGCUGGACACCAUUGACACCUACUGCUCACAGAAGGAGUGGGCCAUGAACGUGGGUGACAAGAAAGGCCUGAUCGUGGAUGAGGUGGUACAGGAGCGCCGUCCUAUGGUACUGCUGGAGCUGGGCGCCUACUGCGGCUACUCGGCCGUGCGCAUGGCCCGCCUGCUGCAGCCCGGUGCCCGCUUGCUCACCAUAGAGUUGAACCCUGUCUAUGCCUCCAUCACCCAGCAGAUGCUGGACUUCGCUGGCCUGCAGGACAAGGUAACAGUUCUGGUUGGGGCAUCCCAGGAUGUUAUCCCCCAGCUAAAAAAGAAGCAUGAUGUGGACACGCUGGACAUGGUCUUUCUCGAUCACUGGAAGGACCGGUACUUGCCAGACACACUCCUCCUCGAGGAAUGUGGCCUGUUGCAGAAGGGGACGGUGUUGCUGGCCGACAAUGUCAUCUGCCCAGGAGCACCAGAGUUCCUGGCGUAUGUGCGCCAGAGUGAUCGCUUUGAAUGCACACACUACCCCUCAUACCUGGAGUACAGGCAGGUGGAAGAUGGCCUGGAGAAGGCCGUCUAUGUGGGCCCAGGUCUGAGUGGUCCAGCACAGCCCUGACCACCCACCCAGGUUGGUCCACUGCUCUCCACUGCUGCACCAAGCUGUCACACACGGGUACAUCACAGAGCACCACGGGGCACACAGUACAGAAUCACUGUAAUGAGUCUGGGAAGGUAUUUGCCUGUAAAGACUGAACCAGAACAGGUUGGAGGUGGUGCCUAUUCACCACACUGCCAUUCUGAGAGGGUUUCUUUCAGGUCUGCCUCUGGUGGGCAGGGCCUCCGGCUAACAGAGGCAUCCAUUAGGUGCAAGAAGUUGGGGGAAGUUGGGAAUAUUUGGAAACUCAUCAGGGGUAUACUCAGUCUGUCCUCAAGAUCCACCAUCACCAGGUGGCAGCAGUGCUUCAGUGAUGGCACUUGGACCAAACGUUCAUAACACACAUCUGGUUUUUAAGAAUAAAACUUGAUCACUUUACUAAAAACAGCUACCUGUAAUAACCUUACACACCAAUAUCAUGUCUGAAAAAUAUAAAAUUGAAAUUAAAAGUACCUAAAUAUUUAGAUACAAGAGAUCGACUACUGCUCUUUCCUACCCCUGAAGCCCUCAGCUUUGGCACAAAACACACCAUGUUCCCCCUUGACUGGAAACUAAUGCUGCCACCAGGCACAGGCCAGUUGGGUUCUGAGUGUCACAUCCCACCCAGGGGCUCCCAGUCACCAGCUGUGGGAGGGGGAGCUGGCCCUGCUCGGCACUGCUUCUGCUGUGAGUGGGCUGGGGGAUCUGUUCCUGCCCCACAGGGAUGUCACAGGUUUGGCCUGAGCCUCAUCUGGAGGCUUUCCCACCUGGGAAACCAAAACAGCAGUCGGCCAGCCCUCUGACCAGGCAGGCACUGCAGAGGGUGGGUGUGGUACCGCAGCAGUGACAGGGUGGUCUCAACCCAUGCACAUUACUGUGCUGAAGUACCCCCUCCUUGGCUCUGCCAGCCUUGUUUAUGGAAGAAGAAGUAGGCUCAGAGUGCAUGGCAUUUCUGCAGCUUGCCCAGCAGGCGAGUGAUAAAGCAGCUAGUCCACAUCUUACCUAAACCCAGAGCACCCCCAGCCCCGCCUUGACCACUGACCUCAACCCCCAGAGUGGCUGUACUGCUUGCUGCCCCCUGGGCUUCCCAAGGCCCAUCAGCCUGAUUCCUAGACCUGGGGGAUGGAGAUCGAUGCCUGACCAACCUAUGCUCAGACCACCCUCAGGCCGGGACAGUGCCCCUGGGCUCAGGGUCCAGCUACCACCAAGAAGUAACCUCACUUUCCUCCGGGAAGGAACUGACAGCAAGCCUGGGGCAUGUGUGGGGGGAAAUGCCUACAGGCCCAGUCUGGAAGAUGCGAGGUAGACUGGGCCAGCAGAUGGACACCUGGCAGCUGUGUCUGCCCAUUGCCCACACAGGCAAACUGAGGCCUCUCCUCUCUGCUCCGAGGGAGAAACAAGCAGCCUGGGACAAGAGAACUGAGCCGCAGAAAAAAACAAGUUCCUUUGCUGCUUUUUUAAUUUUCAAAAUUUCUUACAAAAAUCUAGGUGUUUACCAAUACGGUCAUAUUUUGGUUUUGUUUUUAAUGUUUUUUGUCAGUGUUUUUCUUCUCUUUUUAAGUUACAAACAGCAGGCACUGAACAGUGACCCCCGCUGCUGCUGGAGGUCAGUCCCAGAGGCGCUGUGGGACGGCCUGGACAGCUGCAG